AUGGAGUACGUAAGGGAAUACGAUAGGCAGAGAGGCGAAGGAUUACGAUACGCGGAGCGAGGAGGGUUACCGUACUCAGAGCACGAGUAUCGACAACGUUUCGCCAACGCCUCGACGUCGCAAGCGCUCGUUUUAGCGGAAGAGACUUCGUUUCUACCGCGUUUUUCUAACGAUGGGGACUCAAGCGAGGGCUCCCGUCCCGUUGUAAGCCCGAAUACGAGGUUCGCCCGUCACGUGGUUGAGACGCUAUCGCGUUCGGUUGAGGACGACGGGGGGGAAGGGGAUGCGGGCUGCCCAUUGGCGGAAGGGCAACGAUGGGUGAAUGACAGGGGGGCCGCGGGGGAAGAAUACGGCGGGAGGGUGUCGCAAAGAUCGGCGGAGGAACAGGGGGAGGGAGAGGAAGGAGCGUCUCGAGGUAACUGGGAUCGAGCUGCUUUGCAAGGGGAAAGGAGGGGGGAGAGCUCGCAUCGGCCGUGGGGCUCACAGGAGGUCCGCUUUCCGCCGCAAGGGCGUGACACGUCGCAAUUUCAGGGGCGAAGCGAGCGCGCCGACGUGGGUGGGAGCGGCAGCGGGGACGCAAGGCGGGGAAACCAGCGCGUGAUUGCGGAGGACGGCCCGCGCGAGCGGGUGGAUCCGCGCUCGGGUUCGAACUUACCAGUAAAGUCUGACCGGCAGCCCUUGCGCGGCCUUUCCGUUAGAGUUGACGGGCUUUGCGAGGGGGCCGUCGGGGGAGGCUACGCGAAAGCUGGCGGCGGCGCAAGGGGCGCGGAAACUGGUGGGGGGAACUUCCCCCCCGCGCUGAAGGCCGGCGCGGGACGGAGCAGGCGGAACUUGACGGCGGUUGACGGUGCAGUUCCAGUUUUCGCCGACGGUCAACCGCAACGAAACGGGACGUGGGUUAACGGACUCGAAAAAUCGCGCUCGCCGCCUGUUCUUCCGGAUGGGGUGUGUGACGGCAGCGGAGGUGCUUUUAACGGGGACGAGGGCAGCCCGUUGGGUUCAGUACAAGGAGUUAUGCCCGGAGGGAUGGACGGCGACGGACCCGCCGCGUUUGGCGCUGCUAUGGCUGGUGAAAGGAGACCCGCGCCGUCCUACGGAUGCCCUAGAGGUGUGUUGGGUGCUCGUUCGUCCGUCUUCGCGUCCCUCCCCUCCUCCUCCGGUUUUGGUGCCCUUCCCUCUGAUCUGCCGUCGCCGUUUCCCUCCGGCUUGCCCCCCGCGCUGUCGCGUUUCCCUGAGAGGGGGAAACGCGCGGGGUUGGAGGGCGCGGGCGCGGACGAGCGGGGGAUUUCUCCGCGGAGUGGCGCAUUCACCGGACGCUCGAGCGGGAACGAGUGGGAAGAGGCUGUUUUGCGCGGGGGGGAGGAGGAGAGGGCGGAAGCACGGUUGCCGCGCGGGCGCGGGCGGGAGAAUUCGGCGGACGGGGAACGCGCGCUAUUCGCCCGGCCGAGAGACCGCGAGCCGGCGAUUGGGCGGGGGAAUAUCGGCCGAGAGGCGGCAGCGGCGGCAGGAGGCGGAGGAAGCAGCAGAGGGAAGUUUGUUUUCGGAAGGGCAGGAACGGCAGGAACGGAGAAGAUCAAGGUUCAGAUCGGUACUGCUUGGGGAGCAGCAGGCCGUGAUUUUGACGCGGAGGUUGAGGCAGAGGCAGAGGCAGGGGUGGGUGGCGAGCGGAUGGGAUGGGAGGAAGGGGGGAACAGCGGAGCGUGGGGUUCUGAGCGUGAGUACGAGCAUCAGCGGGUGCGGCAGCAGGCACAGCAGAAGCAGUUGCGCCGGCAGGAGCAGCAGCAGGAGCAGCGGGAGCAGGAGGGGAGAACGAUGGAGCAAACGGAAGCUGCGUUUGGCGAGGAGGAUCGCUGGGGUAAACGACAGGCUUGGUGUGGUAACCCGGUUACUGCAGGCCCGUCAGGCUCAGGCAUGGAGGCGUACGGCGAGGAGAUGGAGGCGAGAAACGACAGGUGGGGGAAACGACCAUCGCGCAAGUCUAUAGAUUCGGAGGAUUUGAGCGCCGGAGAGAGGGGGAGAGUGAGGGACGUGAGAGGACGCAGAGAAGCGGCAGCGGCAGCAGCGGCGGCGGCGGCGGCAGCGGCAGCGGCGGGGGCGGCGGGUAUGGAUAAUCUGGGUCGCAUGGGGGGUGGGGCCGCCUGUUUGGAGGAGGAUGUGCCGGGGGUGGGUCGACUUGGUCGUCUUGGCAUGGACUUUAUGCGUGCGGAGGCGGAGGCGAUGGGUGUUGCAGGUGGGGCGGUGGGCAUGGGUAGAAGCCCGAGGGAGUAUGGCGUGCAGGGGGGGAGAAAGAGGAGCAUGUCGCCUGGAGGGAGGAGUGAGAGGAGCGGGUGGAGCGGGCGCAGUGGAAAGAGUGGGAGGAGCGGGAGGAGCGGGAGGAGUGGGAGGAGCGGGAGGAGUGGGAGAGAGCAUUGGGCCCAGCCAAAGCAUGUUUCUGUCAAGAGGAGGAAAAAUGGCGAGAGCCAAAACAGCGGCGACCCUCAGCAGCAGCAGCAGCAGUCGCCACUCUACACGCCUGAAACGAUGCAAGCCUUUAUGGCUUUCCAGGCUUUCAUGACCCAACAGCAGCAGCAGCAGCAGGAAGGAGGGCAGCAGGGCUCGUUCGCGGUUCCUCCUGUCUUUCCUGAGUCGAUACACGCGUUUCUGGCCUUUCAAAGCUUCAUGGGCCAGCAACAGCAGCAGCAGCAGCAGCACUCGCAAGUGGGACAGGAGGACGGGCGGGGCGAAGAGGAGCAGGACGAGCGGGAUGAGCCGCGGCGACAGCAGAGGGGGCAGCACAGGGACGCGUUCGGCCGUCCACCUCUACCCACCCACCAGCGACGCCCCUCCAAGUCUCCUGAACUCGUCACUCGACGCACCACCUCUGCUUCCCAUUCUUCCGCCCCUCGCUCCCCCCAAUCCUCCGCCCCCCGCUCCCCGCUUUCCUCCGCCCCCCCGCUCUCCCCACUCCUCUGCCCCGCGCUCACCCCUCCCCCCACACCGCUUUCCCCCUCCCCCCGUCCCCUGGCGCUAUUUGAGCGCAUCACCCGCCGCCGCCAGUCUAGCCCCAGUGGCGCGCGCCCCCCGUCCGCCAAUAGCAGGCCCCCUAAGUUCCCCGCGCGCGCCACCCCUCCCGCUGUUAUAGCGGAAGAGGGCGAUGGUAGGGAUUAUAACGCAUAUGCCCAGGCAGGAGGGAGGGGAGGGGGUAGCCGAAUGGGGAGUGAGGGGGGUGGUAUGGUGGGGAUGAGGGAAAGUGGUUAUGAUGGAUGUGACUAUAAGGAGGGGAGCAGAGGGAGCGUGAGGGAGACGGGGUGGGGCGUGGGCGGGAAGGGGAAAACGGCAGGGGAUGAGGAGGGAAGAAGCAGAGGCAAUACCUUCCCCUCCUUCGCAUCGCCCUGCCCUCAAGGCCUUUCCGAUGCCCCAGCCGUUUCUGCUGUCUCUGCUGCCAUUGCUGCCACUCCAAAUGCCCCUGCGCCUGGCACUCAGUUGCCAGGGGUCUCCCCGGCUGGAGGGGGGUUUUUCUGCGGUGCCCCUGGCACGGCGGCGGCUGGAGGGUGUUUAGCUGGUGCUGCCGCAGGGAUGGCGUCUGGGGCCCUGGGGCUUGCGGGAACUGGUGCUGGGGUUGCUGCAACUGCAGCGGGGAUGCUGGGGUGCGGUGCUAUGGGUGCUGCAGGGUCGAGUGCGGUGCUGAUGAGUGCACAGAGAAGUGGUCAGAGGGAGGAGUGCCGUUUGGAGGGUAGUGAGAGAGAAGAGAGGCGUGAUGUGGGUGGGAGAGGAAGGGAGGAGGCGAGGGGUGUGAGUGAGGGUGAGAGGAGAAGAGGGGAUGAUGUGGGUGGUGGUGGUGAUAAUGAUGAUGGGGGUAGGCGAGGAGAAUGGAGAGGAGGAAAGGGAGGAGGACGAGGAGGAUGGAUGGACUAG